CAUUUGUAGAAAGUUUAGCGCACGAAUCUACCGACCGGCCAACACACAACACCGCAAGCCCCGGUGGCGAAAAACGCCGCCCGCAUUUUUCUCUCCGUCUUGGAUCCGUCUGUGUAAGCGCCAACCAAACACCGAGAGGCGCGAACGCACACCGGAGCUAUCGCACUCCGUCAUCCCAAGCUGUUCACAUCGUAACCGAAUGCGUUUCGAGUGUGUUGGUUUCGGUUGAGUCGUGUUGUAAACAAGAUAAAGUUUCCCGGCGUCGUUUGUGUUAUGAGUGCCCAAGUGCCACCACCAUCGCCGUCGAAGCCACUGCAGGCGCAGGCCGCCACUCCAAGUGCAAUGAGUAUGGCUCAGAAUAGCAACGUGUCCUUUAUGAACAAUUCGUUUGGUGCAAACGCCGCUGCCGGUGGGCAAACGCCUGCUGCGUACAGCCCGCCAAAGACGCAAUUUAACCCUUCAUAUCCGCAUGCGAUACCGGCAACGCAGUGUCUGCCUGCCACCACGCAGCCCAUCCAACCUGCGGCCGUUCCCCCGUUGCAGGCGACCGAUAAACCCGUUGAGGAAAAACCGCAGAGCAACGGCACCACAGAGCAGAAGGAAAAUCAUGUCACAUCACCCCAGAAAAACAACACCAGCAAUUCAGAUAAACCUGAAAAACAUUCUGUACCAGAACCUUCAGAAGUGCCACAAGUUAGUGAAGCUACUUCAAUUACCAGCAAACCAUCUUCCAAUGCUAAUGUAGCACCUGUAACACCAGAGAAACCUAAAGUAGAGGUGCUGGACACAAAGGAUAGCAAGGAAGAAAAAGAGAUCAAGGGAAAUGAUGUAAAGGAGACAAAGAGCCCAACUACAAAAGUUGAGAAAUCUCCAGAAAAGAAUGCAUCUACAUCACCUACCAAAGUAGAAGUAAAAACAAAGUCUGAAGUUGCUAUGGAUACCACAACAAAAAGCACCACUGAAAAGAAAGAAAACAAGGUAGAAAAGGACGACGAGAAAGUGACAAAGCAAGAGGAAAUUAAUGAUAAGGUGAGUGUAAGCUCCGAAGCGUCGUCACGUAAAUCAGAAGACAAAUCAGAUGCUGAAGAUAAAGUUCAAAAUGAAGAGGCUCAAAGCACUACUGCCAGUGUUCCUUCCACACCCAACUCACCACAAAAACCCAAGGAACAGUCGACGCCAGUAAAAUCUCCUAUGAAGGUGGCAACGACACCGAGAACGCCGCAGCGCAGAUCACGAACACCGAAAGGGGAAGAAUCACCGCGUAGUGCACCGAAAAUAAGUCACGAACCGAAGCCGUCGACCAGUAAGUCGCCGGCGGGCGGCAAAACGAAACGAUCGCGCGUGCGAACUCAGCCAUACCAGAGUCCGCUGCCGGAGAUCGAGAUAAUCUCAAAGAUUUCUCAAAACACUACAACGCCCAAAUCAAACGAGAACAAACUGAUUGUGUUCUUCAAGAAUGAAUUUUUGGCUGUGAGAAACAGCGAUGGUGGUUUCUUCGUCUGCCAGGCGGUGCAAAACGUUUACAAGCGGACAUCGCGCAUAAAAAUCCGAUGGUUAUCACAAGAUAAGAGCGAAAAGUCAAAUGAAAUCUAUACGCCUGAUUUUUAUGAUUUUAUUGACUUUGAGUGUAUUUUAACAAAUCUUGACUUAACUAAAGUUGACAAGAGUAAAUUUCGGCUUCCUGCUAAAGAGCAUGAACGCACAGAGAAUAUUUUGAAGAAGGCUAUUGCUGUGGAGAAUGGCGAAGCCAUUGGGUUGGAUGAUUCCAUGACUGAGGAUAAUCCAGAUGGUUUGGAUGUAUCGUUAUACACCGAAGAAGAGCAGCUAACGAAACGAAAGGGUUCAAAACGUAAACUUAGCAAGGGUCGACCGCGUGCGGUGAAAGAUCAUGAUGAAGAUGACAAUGAGGACGAUGACGAGUACAAUGAUGAAGAGGAUGAUGACGAGCCACCUGCGAAAACGCCGAAAAAAACUGGCAGGAAACCAGCAACACCGGUCAGCGAAGUAAAGCGUAACACCGCCGGAGGACGCGCGGAACGUGCCAAGCGGCGGAGUGCUACGGAAGAAACGAAGACCAGUCCUGUCAUCGAUAACAAGAAAGCUAAAAUGCUUGCCAAAGUCGUCAAACGAACUGCUGCCACGGCAUCGCCUAAGAAUACACCCAAAGGAAAGGCAAAAGUAGAAACGAAAGUGACGAAACAGGCUGCAGUCGCAUCGACAUCAAAAGAGAAGACGCCGAAAGCUACGCCGACGCCACCUCCAGCGCGCAAAACGCCCAAACGUGGCCGAAAAUAAGCUACGUUGUAUACGCAGCAGGUCUAAUAUUGUACAUAAGAAAAUAUUGCAUUUAUGUACUCAACGCCUCAACCGAAUCCACGCAAUCGUCAUAUCAGCGCUACAUUGUAGAUUGAACGUGCCAUCGAAACUUCACUGCAUCUUACCAUGAUUUUAUAAAAGAAAUAUGAAAUAGGGCGUUGGGUACGUAAAAGUUUAACGAAAUAGGAAUUCAAAAUUUCGUGCUCUCGGUUGAUAUUGAAAGAGUUAUGAACAAAGCAAAAGAAGAUUUCAGGUAAAUUUAGAAUUAUGAGUAGUUUGCGUGACGCAAGUUUUAAAGUACGUUGCAAUUAUUUAACCCUUAAAUGACAUUAUAUUAUUUUGUUGAAAAGAAUAACGUAAACUUAACGGCGGUCGAUACUAAUGUAAUAUACAUUUAUUUGCUUCGACGGAAGCAUCUAUUUAUUAGAAAAUUUAUGCGAAAUUGGAAACACUUUUCGAUGGCCAAGUGCCACAUGUAUUGUAUCCGGUAUGGCACGUGGCGAUUGAAAUAAGUGUCGUUCGACGAUGGCGUCGGGAGCGUUUGUUUUCUCGGCAAAUGAAUGGACCCGACACCGAUCAGUUCGAUAUCUAAAUUUAACAUGCGUUAGUUUUAAUUGAAGCGAUACAAUUUAAAGCUAGUAUUAUUACAUAGACAUUAACUUACGAUUACGGAGAAAGAUACAUUCACUAUGUAUGUUUCACACAUGAUUAUUGAUUUGUAUAUUAUUUUUCUAUGUUUUGCUAAAUUUGCUCGGUUGUUUGUACGAUUUGUGCGUCAAUUACGUUUAAGAUAUGCGUUUUAUUAAAUUGCACUUAUCGCAACUUAUCACAUUAUUGAUUUGCAUUGCAAUUGAAUGAGCGCCAUGCAAUUUGCAGGCAGUAAAAGGAAACAAAUGAAAUAAUAUAAAUUAUAGAUUUAAGUACGAAUACAAUUUAACAAAUAGCUGAUGUUACAAAAUUUUGUGAACGUUUAAACAUUAAAUGUUUGUGGCGGUAUGGGAAAGAUGAGCCCCGUUUAUUAUGGAUUUUUCUUCGCAGCACAUCAUUUCCACACACGCAGUAAACAAACAAAUUACAAAUUGACCAAUAGUUAACGAAUACAUACUUGUAAACCGUUUGUACUUGAUUCACGUUCGAUCGACUUUCGUGAUCGAAUGCCAACUGACCCAUUCACACCACACAAAUCGUCGCAUUCAUCUUCGCCGAAUGUUGAGUUGACGUGUUUAAAGAGUUCAUUCUGUAAUAUUUUGAUUGAAAUAAUAAAUGUAAUUAAGCAUU